AGUUCUGGUGGUUGCUGGGGGGCUUCCAUGGGGGCUUCUUCGUUAUAGAGGGGGUUCCCCUCGUGCCUCCUCUGCUUACAGGAGCCCAGGGUCGCCCCAUGCACUCCCGGAGCUUGGGGGGUUCUGUGCUGGCGUUGUGUGGCCUCUCAGCUUCUCUGCUGUUGCUUUGCAGGUGCUCCGUCCUCCCAGAUCUGUGCCCCAUGAAGCACUGUGUGCCCCUGCCUAGUCUGGGGUCCCACGUGAAUCCCAUUUACCUCCUCUUUGUGUUACCUCCUCUUUGUGAGCUGUACCCCACUUCUUUCUAGGGAUUCCCCUCUUCCCUAAUGGCGUUAAUUAGGCUGGGGGGGACCCUGUCCCUUCUAGCCAUCCCUCUGGGUGCUGCUUUUAACUAGAAGUGUGGGUCAGAGUCCCCCUCACUUGGGCUCAGCUGGAGCUGUGGGUGUCUGAACAGAGGGGGGUAGGCAAGGUUGUAUUGCAAGGCUUCGUUUUCCCCUCCAAGUUUGUCUGAUUUUCACUGCUCUGGACUGCUUUCCCCUUCCAUGUGUUGAGGAUAGGGAGAAACUGGAGCCACUCCUGUAUCCCAUGCUGACAUAAAGCCCCUUCCCCAGCUUCACAUCUCUCUGUUCUGAGCGUCCCUGUUGCGUGCCGUCACUCCGGUUCCUGUGUCCUGUCCCCAAGUCCCCUUCUCUCUGGGUACCUGCUUUGUGUUUUAGAGCUUUCAGCUUCUUUUCACAUCAACGUGCUGCUCUCUGACUCAGCUCAGAGCCCGAUUAAUGACCAGCCUUAAAGAGCGCCUUCAGGAAGCAGCUGGGAGCUGCUGACCCAACCUGUCUGCGGUCCUCCAGCAGUCAGACACUGCAGUGAAAUUGCUGGAGAAGGAGCUGGCAGUGGAGGGCAGGGCACGGCUGUCACGUGCUGCACUCAGCGCCGCGUUCGCCCGGACAGGCAGGAGAGGCAGAGCCCCAGGAGCAGCACCUCACAUCCACGUUCCUUCUGCAGGUGUCUCCAUGUCUCAGCUGUGCAGCUCCUGGGACUUAGACCAGCAAAGCAUGGCGUACCUCCCUGACGCAGAGAUGGACACCAUGGCUGCCAGCACAUCCCUCCCCGACCCGGCCGCUGAGUUUGAUCGCAACGUGCCCCGAAUCUGUGGGGUGUGUGGGGACAGAGCCACCGGCUUCCACUUCAACGCCAUGACCUGCGAGGGCUGCAAGGGCUUCUUCAGGAGAAGCAUGAAGAGGAAAGCGAUGUUCACCUGUCCGUUCAACGGGGACUGCAAAAUCACCAAGGACAACCGGCGGCACUGCCAGGCCUGCCGGCUGAAACGCUGCGUGGACAUCGGGAUGAUGAAGGAGUUCAUCCUGACGGAUGAGGAGGUGCAGAGGAAGCGUGAGAUGAUCCUGAAGCGCAAAGAGGAGGAAGCGCUGAAGGAGAGCCUGAAGCCCAAGCUGUCGGAGGAGCAGCAGAAAGUCAUUGACAUCCUCCUCGAGGCCCACCACAAAACUUUCGACACCACUUACUCUGACUUCAACAAGUUUCGGCCCCCUGUGAGAAGCAAAGUCAGCAGCAGUACAGCAACGCAAUCCUCCUGUGUCAUGUCCCAGAAUUUCUCCUCGGAGGACCCCAAUGAUGUUUUUGGCUCUGAUGCCUUCGGUGCAUUCCCAGAGCCCAUGGAGCCCCCGAUGUUUUCCAACCUGGAUCUUUCCGAGGAGAGCGAUGAGACCCCUUCCAUGAGCAUCGAGCUGCCCCAGCUCCCCAUGCUCCCACACUUGGCUGACCUGGUCAGUUACAGCAUACAGAAGGUGAUCGGCUUCGCCAAAAUGAUCCCCGGAUUCAGGGAUCUGAAUGCAGAGGAUCAGAUUGCCCUGCUGAAAUCCAGCGCCAUUGAGGUGAUCAUGCUGCGCUCCAACCAGUCCUUCACCUUGGAGGACAUGUCGUGGACCUGUGGAAGCAAUGACUUCAAGUACAAAGUCAGCGAUGUCACCCAAGCCGGCCACAGCAUGGAGCUCCUCGAGCCGCUCGUGAAGUUCCAGGUGGGCUUGAAGAAGCUGAACCUUCACGAGGAAGAGCACGUGCUCCUCAUGGCCAUCUGCAUCCUGUCCCCAGAUCGACCCGGCGUUCAGGACACCUCGCUGGUGGAGUCCAUCCAGGACCGCCUCUCGGACAUCCUGCAGACCUACAUCCGCUGCAGGCACCCCCCGCCCGGCAGCCGCCUGCUGUACGCCAAGAUGAUCCAGAAGCUGGCCGACCUGCGCAGCCUCAACGAGGAGCACUCCAAGCAGUACCGCUGCCUCUCCUUCCAGCCCGAGCACAGCAUGCAGCUCACGCCCUUGGUGCUCGAGGUCUUCGGCAACGAGAUCUCCUGAUUCCAGCCGUGGGUUUGAGCACCCGCGUCUAAAGGGAUAAGUCAGCCUUGGUCCCGAGAGGAGGGCUGUGACCCUGGGAGGAGGUUGUACAUAGUUUGGUUUCACACUACUGCAGGUCCUGCUUUGUUUUGUUAGCCACGGCAGCCGAGGUUUGCUCGCUGCAGACCCAGAUCUGUGCAUUCCCCCCCCCCCCCCCCAUGAGUGCUUCUUUCACUCGUCUGCAAGAGCUGACUUAUCCCUUUAUGGAUGUUUUGAGGCUGGGCUGCCUUGAACCACGUUUUUUCUGACCAGAAACUGGGGCUGCUCGGAAGGAGAGGCUCAGGUUUUGCAGAUUCAUGGCACUGGGGAACCAUCGAUGGCAUCUGUUGAACCUGAGGGACCCCUCCGCUCACCCCCAAUUUGAGAAAUGUGAUGCUGAUGGAAUUGCACACCCCAGACCCAUGCAGGAAAAUGCUGAGGCUGCUCCUCAGAGCCCCACAGCCAGCAGUGAGAGGUUGGAGAAGGGAACCACAGCCAGGAAGAGCCAGCCGGGCUGUGAUGUGUGUUCCCAGCACUACUGCCACCCCGUGUCCCACAUCAGCCCCACUGCUGACACAACCCUGUGAGGGUGUUGUCUGUUGUCACGUUGAGGCCAGGCGGAGCUAAUUGGGCACGCUGAGGUUUCCUGUGCAAUGCUGGAGCUCUGGAGGGUGCCCCAUCCCCGCUGACCCCACUGAAGCCACUUCUGCAGGGUGGUGGUCCUUCAGGAGGCAGCAGCACCAGCACGAGGAUGGAUUUGGGGCCAUGAAAUGCAGAGGAGCAGCGGGAGCUGAGUGCCUUGGUGGGACCCCAGGCAGCACCGCGUCUGGGGACACACAGCGGUCACGGUCCGCUGCAUGGACAGCGGGGGGUGGGGACCCUGCAGGCAGCCGGACCUGGGGACAGUGCCUGGGGAUGGGCGCUGCGCGGUGGGCACAGGGGGCAGCGGGGCUCCAUCUCCGUGCAAAUAAACGUGGCCUGGGAGCAGCACCGGCUGCGCUGUGGGGCUGUGUCCGUCUGUCCGGGUCCGUGUGAAGCUGCUGGAAGUGUCCGUCUGUCCGGGUUUGUGUCUGGGUGGCGCUGCUCUAGGUGUCCUUCUGUCUGUCCGUGCUGUUAAGUGUCCGCAUGUCCCUCUCUCCCCAUCUCCUUUCGCAUCCCCGUAUGCGCAUGUACGCGUCCACA